UGGGGUAUAUUUUGUAUCUGAAACGGAUGGACACCCAUUAAAAUAGGAAAUUGUCUUUCUUUUGAAGGACAUUACAGAUAAGUAAGUCCAAGCCAUCCAGGGCAUUGCAGCAGUUGGUUUGGAGUAUGUAAUGGGACUGUGAGUGUCAAAGUGCGGAUUCCUUUUCCUGCCAUGGCUACCGAUGGAAAUUCUGUCAUUUCAGACCAGAAGAGACGCACAUUGGAGGCCUUGGAACGAAGGUUUGCUGUGUCUAAAGCAGAGCUUAUUCAAAAGCAACAGAAGGACAAGAAAAAGUGGUCUCGUGAGGAUGUAGAAGUGAGGCAUGACGUAAGCUGUUCUACCGUCACCCCUUUGGCACGUGAGACCGAUGCAUCAGUAGCACCUGGACCCUCUUCAGUGCCAUCUUCACAUAAAGUGCAUUUUUUAUUCGCGGGCCACACUCCAUCACGGGGUACUCCUGGAGUUUCAGAUGUGGAAGCAAAUGGGCCUGCAUAUUCUCAGUUAUCUCAGCCUGUACAUGAGAAUUUGCUGAGUUCCAAUAUCAAGCGUUCUAGUAAAAGAGGGAGCCAAGUUGAUAGGAUUAUGCAUGAACUUCUCCAAAAUGGUGAUAAGGCACAGAAGUACAUGCAAGGAUCUAGAAGCAUGAAAAUUGACAAUUGGCUUCUUCUUGACAAUUUAGUGCAAGGACGUGGUGUGUCAGCUGGUGCUCGCAUUAGAACUGUACAGAACUGCUCGAAGCGCUCUAAAAAGCACAUGUCAAUCAGACAGCAUAAAAAAUGCAAGACAUUUGACUUGCCUCAAGAGUUCCAUAACUUUGAUACUUUCAAGCCUAUGCAUGACAUGUGGAAAGACUAUAUAAUGCAACUUCUUAAGGAUACUGGGGAAAAGCAGUUAGCUCAAUGUCUUCUCACUGCCGACUUACAUGGUGCCAUUCUUCUAGUUGCUGACUGUAAGAUAAUUGCCUUCAAUGGAGUGAGUGGAAUCAUGAUUCGAGAAACUGCAGAAACAUUUGGGAUAAUCACACAAGAUAACAAAUUCCGAGUGGUGCCCAAGAGGGCCUCUGUUUUCAUAUUUCAAGCUGAUUGCUGGAGGGUUACAUUACAAGGAGAUAAAUUUGCUUCUCGAGAUCUCGGCUUGUGACUCUACUUUUGACCAGUGCAUCUACAUCACGUGUUCAUUCAGAAAUUUAUUCUGAUAAAUGCCC